ACCAUGGCGGAGUACAGCUCUCUGCUCAGCGACCUGUCUGAAAACAUCACCAACGAGGAUUUGGAGCAGCUCAAAUCAGCCUGUAAGGAGGACAUCCCCGAGGACCAGAGCAACAGCAUCACCUCCUCCAAGGAGUGGUUCAGCUACCUCGAGAAGAACGACAAGCUCGCUCAUGAUAACCUGUCGUACAUUGAGCACAUCUUUGAGAUUUCGCGGCGACCGGACCUGCUGACGAGGGUGAUCGAGUACCGCACCACUGUGCUGAAGAUCUCUGAGGAUGAUGAGAUUGACACCAAGCUCACCCGCAUCCCCUCUGCCAAGAAAUAUAAAGACAUCAUCCGCCAGCCCUCUGAAGACGAAAUCAUCAAGUUGGCUCCUCCCCCUAAAAAGGUGUGAGCGCAGGAUUUGCCGGCAUGCUCUCUGCACCUUAGUUUCUCCACUCCUGGCCCUUACAUCAACCAGCCAACCAUUUCUCCUUCACCCAAGUCCCGCCCACA